AUGGGCAUUCCGCGGGGGUGGCGCGAGUGCCCCGCCAUGGGCCGCCCCAUCGAGCGCUUCAUCCCCAUGAAGGUGCCGCUGGGGGCGCGCUUCGACUCCCACAUCGCGCCCGAGCACCGCUUCACGAUAGACGACGCGGUGGCGCAGGCGCGCAAGGUGCCCGCUGUGCUGGGCCUGGUGAUCGACCUCACCAACAGCUCGCGCUACUACGAUGCGCGGCAGUGGCACGAGCGAGGGGUGCAGUACAUCAAGGCAAGCGGGGGCAUCCCGUGCCGCGGCCGCGGCGCUGCGCCACCCCCCGAGGCCGUCACCGACCUGUGCUGGGAGAUGUAUGCCUACCUGCAGCAGUGCCCGCAGGGCAUGGCGCUCAUCCACUGCACCCACGGCUUCAACCGCACUGGCUACAUGGUGGCAUCCUACCUGGCCCGCAUGAUGAGCUGGACGGUGCCCAAGGCGCUGGACGCGUUUGCUCACAAGCGGCCGCCCGGCAUCUACAAGCACUACUACAUCAGGGAGCUGUUCAAGUACUACCAUGAGCGGCUGCCCAGCAACUUCCCCUUCCCACCACAGCCAUCCUGGAAGGCGGGCGAUUCUCCGGAGCAGGAGGAUGAAGGGGAGGGAAGCGCAGAGGGGCUGGGCUUGGAGGAGGAUUUGCACCACGACGACAUGAUUGGGGAAGGGGUGAGCCGGGCUGAGGGUGCGGGCAGGGCGGAACUGAGUCGCAGCUUAGCCAGACCUGAGCGGAGCGGAGCGGAGCACAAGGUCUGGCUGCCCGGCUCGCAGCCCGUCAGCCUGGACAAGUCCAACCUCAGCCUGCUCAAGGAGCGGCAGUACUGGGUGACCUGGAAGGCCGACGGCACCCGCUACAUGCUCGUCCUGCUGCGCUGGGGCACCUACCUGGUGGACCGCAAGUUCUCCAUCACCCGCGUCCAGAUGCGGUGGCCCACCCCGCUGCAGCCCGGCCAGCCAGCCAAGGGGCCUGUGGGGCCCAUGCACCACUGGACCGUUCUGGAUGGGGAGAUGGUUGUGGACGAGGUGCUGGAGGAGGGACGCCAGGAGCGGCGCUUCCUGGCGUACGACAUGGUCAUGCUCAACGGGCGCUCGCUGGUGGACCACCCCUGGAUGGAGCGCUUCAAGCUCAUCCAGCGGUUUGUGGUCGAGCCUCGGCAGCUGGAGCGGCACAAGAUCACUAGCAAGCAGUGGCAGUACCCGUACCAGUACGAAAAGGAGGCCUUCCACGUGCGGCGCAAGGACUUCUGGCCGCUCACCAAGGCGCACAAGCUCAUCCACGAGUUCAUCCCAAACCUGUGCCACGAGGCAGACGGCCUCAUCUUCCAGGGGGCGCAGGACCGCUACGUGCCCGGCACCUGCCCCGAGCUGCUCAAGUGGAAGUUUGCCCACAUGAACAGCGUGGACUUCCGCCUGCGCCUGCACCCCCGCGACGGCCAGCUGCUGGAGCUGCUGGAGACGCGCAGAGAGCUGCCGGAGGGGCACCACCGGGGCUACAAUGCACUGCCGGGCGCGCGUGUGGAGUUCCCCGAGGGCGAGGAUGCCGCCAUGUACGACAUGCGCAUCAUAGAGUGCUCAUACGACGCAGACGCCAAGGUGUGGCGGUUCAUGCGUGAGCGCAAGGACAAGGAUGCCGCCAACGCCUUCCACGUGUAUGAGUCGGUGGCGCGCAGCAUAGAGGCAAGCGAGCAAGAAGAGCUGCUGCAGUACAUUCAGGAGGCGCUGCAGCUGCCUCUGUAUGACUUGGACUGCGGACGGAUGUCACGCCAGCAGCAGCAACAGCAACCGUAG